GCGAAAUUCAAGUGGAGGUCAGGAAGUGAAAACGCAAUCAUUCAUCAACGCAGGAAUCAUGGAGGACACCGACUAUGUCAAACAAUUAAAUGAACCUGCACGCCGCAGAUAUCGGGAAAAAAUCACAGCACACAUCGGAUACGAUCCAUAUCAGCUGAAAAAAAAACGACUUUUCUCGUGAUUUAUCCGAUUUGCCCGCUGUUGAGGCGAUGGAUAUCACCAGCUACCUCGUCCUUCAUACCUCCUACUACACGGCUAGCCAGAUGAAAGCGUAUAAAAGCCUGGAAGCUUUCAAUUACUUCGUGUGUGGAUGGGUGAAUGACCUCGGCACCAAAGAGGCAUUAAACAAAUGUCGCCUUGUUUUUGCCCGGGUCAACCAUUCCCAGAGGUCUGGAGAAACACCAUUAAAAACGUGGAUUGUAGCUAAAGAAGAUGGAGAGGUUGUUACAGCACACUGUAACUGUAUGGCUGGUUUGUCAGAAUCCUGCUCACAUGUUGGAGCAGUUCUGUUUGCAAUCGAAGCAGGUGUGAAGAUGAGAGAGACUGCAUCCUGCACCACUGAGAAGUGCAAGUGGCUAAUGCCAUCACAUGUCAAAAAGGUAUUCAGACCCCAGUGAUUCCUGCUGCUCCAGUUGCGAUGAUAGACUUUUCAUCCGCAAAAUCCAAAAAGCAAAAACUGGAUGAUGCCAUUGCUGGAAGGACAGCAGUAUGAAGGAGUACAAAGUCUGCACCACCAGGGUUUCAGCUGUAAAGACAGCGGGCUUUGGCUGAACCCUCAAUGGCCAUACAUGGGAGCGUCGCCAGACGGAUGUGUCACGUGCACCUGCCAUGGAACUGGUAUCUGUGAGAUAAAGUGCCCACACAGCAAACAUGAGGAGGCCAAUCUUCGCCUGUGUGCUGGAGAACAGGGCUUCUGUCUCGUCAACGAUGGAGGCACUGUGAAGCUGGACAGGAGACAUGCCUACUACCAUCAAAUACAGGCUCAGCUCCACCUCGUUGAUGUUGACUACUGCGACUUUGUUGUCUGGACUAAAAAUGACCUAUUUGUAGAGAGAAUUGUGCGUGAUGUGGACCUGUGGGACAACAUCAUUCCCAGAGUUGAGCGUUUCUUCAGACUAUGUGUUCUCCCUGAAGUGUUGGGACAGCAACUUACAAGGGGAAAGUUUCAGUUGCAAGAUGAUCAGGAGGGAGAGAAGGCGUGAUUACCAGCACCUGUGGUCUGUCCUGGUCCCGGAAGUUGUGGUUCUCUCCUUGUUGCAUUAUUAUUACGUGCCGUAGUGGGUGCUGGUGUUUGGGUGUGUGUGGGUGUCUUUUUCUCUCUCCCUCUGAUCUCCCCAGGUGCUCCCAAUCUCCAAUCAGCGCCUCCAUAUAGGACAUGAGGAAGGUUGCAGUCGCUCUCCCCUUAUCUUAAGCUUUGUUUGACAAGUUGGCUGGUGAGCCCUUUUUCGUUGUGUUAAUUAAAAGACCACUUUAUGGCGUCAGAGAUCAGUUUCCUCUCCGCCGGUUAUGUUGUGUGUCGCUACUUCCCUUUGUACCCCUAUAUUUACAAGGGAACGUAACAUUUGCACAGUGGCAGCUCUUUAACCUGCAUUACAGCACCUUCAUAUUCACUGACCACACUCACUAGAGGAAGUAGGGCUGUGUGAUAUAUUGCUAUUGUAAAAAAGAUGUUUACUGAAAAGAUUAAAUGAUACUAAGACUGAAUAA